CAGCAAGCUAACACACUCGGCCACUCCGCGAUUCCCUGCGACACACUGAAAUCCUGGCCAAGCUGAGGACAGCGGCUGAGAACGCACAGCGCUCUGAAGUCGACGUGUUUCACUCAACCUGGUAACAGGUUCUCAACUGAAUCCACUUGGAACUGAACCGAUUCAGAAUGCCGCCGAAGAAGAGGUCACAGUCAACGCCGGCCGGCGGGGCGGACAAGAGGUCCAAACAGAGCAGCCCAUCGCAGGAGCAGACUGGAGCAUCUCCAUCCGAAAGUGAGCCAAUGGACUCGGAGCCUAUGAUUGUCAAGGAGGAGCUGCCAUUUCCCCAACCGGCUGACCCUCUUGUCAGUGCCACUCAACAAGCAAAUCCUGUGUUCUGGUGCCGGGACUGCGGCAAGGACGCCACGGAGGAGUGCGGCGACCUGAGCCACACACUGUGGUCGCAACGCAAGCGGCGCGCGGGGCAGGCAGUGCCCAAGCUGCAGCGGCUGCAGAACGCCGCGGCCUCGGCGCGCCAGGUGGUGCAGGCUCUGCAGGACGCCAGGGACGCCGUGGAGGCCCAGCAGGAGGCGUGGCGGUCAAGGCUGCGCCGCGUCGAGGAGACCGAGAAGCAGCUGUGGGCGGCGGCGGAGCAGGGCGGCGACCUGGAGGCGUUCCAGCUGGAGGGGCUGGAGCAGCUGCAAGAGGCUGCCGUUCUGCUGGCGGACCAGAGCACGCUCGGCCUCAAGGUGGAGUCGGCAGGCAAGUGGAAGGCGCACAUGCGACUGGAGGCCGCCAUGCGGAGCAUGUUCCACCCACUGCUGCUCCUGCUGCACCACAACGGAAGCAUCGUCAACGUCUACCGCCCCAACGAGUGCCGGGAUGUCUUGCUACUGAGCGUAAGGGAGGAACAUUGCCAGGAACUGGAUGGCGUGCUGAAGGACCCCGGCCUGCGACAGGUGAGGCGGCUGGAAGGAGUGAACUGCACCAAGCGACCCAACUGGUGCGAGGCGCUGUUGCAGCGCGUGGCCCCACACGUGGAGUGGCUUUCGGUCGAGAAUGCUCUCCGCAGACACUUUGAAGUGAUUCAGCAAAUGCCUUCACUACGCUACUUGCAUGUCCAUGCUGAAGAUAUGGCCAUGGAGGUUGCCCCGGCACUGCCUCUGCAAUUGGUGGACCUGAAAGUGGUGAACGUCUCCAAGCAACACCUGCUGUCAGUGCAGCGCAUGCCCAACCUGCGCAAGCUCACCUUGAAUUGGCAUAAAAGGCCGCUGGACGUGACAUUCCCCCCGCUGCCGGAGGGCCACCGCGGCCUGCAGUGGCUCUGGGUGGCUCUCCAUCCGGUGUCCACCGUACUGUCGCUGGCCAAGGCCCACGCCGCCACGCUGCAGGAACUGCGAAUUUUGUGCGCCUCGGAGGGGGACUCGAAGUGGCACUUCAAGGACCUGGCGGAGGGGCUGCGCCAGUGCGGGCUGGUGGCGUUGAGGCGCGUCGUGCUGCUGCGCGGGGUUGCUCCAGGCUUCCCCGACGACAAGCUGCCCCACACCAAGGACUCGUGCACGACGCAGAAGAACGCCAUCUGGGACGAACUGGUGGUGGCCAGCACGAUGCAGACCGUCAAGGUUCUAUGUAGCGAGUGCGAUAAAUGCCCCGAUUUCCCUGAGCUAGGGAAAUUCGUCUGGAUCGCCAAGUAAUUAGGCGGUGAGUUUUGGGAAAUGUGCAUCUGUCAGGAAUUUCUAGGAGAAUAUCCGUUUGUUUUUGAGUUCGUCGAUUCUUUUUUUUUUCUGUGGUGACCCAGUUCCCUCUGCUCGGGCCUUCUUUAUGUUUACAAUUACUGAACAACAAUUUCCUUUUCAUCACAUAUUGUCAAAUAUUGCACCAGCUCCUCUGCACAGUUAAUGACCGACAUCUUAACCAGUGUUCAAGUGUCCAUGCAGUGUCAUGACGACAUCAAGAAUUGUUAUUAGCGCAACUAUUGUAUCAAGAAACACAAACAAUAAAGAUUUUAGUGCAA